AUGGGGGAGCUGCGGCCCAGCGUCCUGUCAGUGCAGCAAGACCGCGCGGCGGUGUACAACGACCUGAAGCAGGCCUUCCUCUGCUUCAUCAAGACCAGGGCGGAGGGGCCUUGGCGACACGCCAUGGCAGCAGCAGCUCCCGCGUUCCAGGCUCUGUCUGACAAGAUCAGGUCCCUGAUCGCCUCCUGCCCGGCGCAUGCCCCCCUCCUCUCCAGACUGCAAGACCUGGAGAGGGAGAGGCUGCGCAUGACGCUGGCGCUCUAUGCCCUGCAAGCCCCUGCCCGCCUGGAGCUCUUUGCCUGGCAGCAGAAUGACGGCAGCCCCCUCAAAGCAGGGCAGGGGUGCGGGUGCGGCUCCGGCGAUGGCCACUCGCGUGCCGCCCAUCAGACCCAGGAGCCCACGGAGGCAGAGUUCCGUGCGGCAGUGAGGGAGCUCACCUGCGGCAUCGAGGAGAACACCGUUGCCAUCAAUGAUGUCUUGGAUGAGGUGCGUGACAUCGAGGACAAUGACGGCAGCGAGGACAUGAGCGAGGCAAGAAACGGAGCUCCCUGCGAUCCCAGCGAUGCACAUACAGCCAGGACGGCAACCCAAGGUUGA